UCAUAAAACCAUUUCGUUUGUUUUACCAGGGUUUCUCUCUCUCUCUCUCCACCCUCACCUCUACCUCCUUAUUUCUCUCUGUUUAGAUCGCGAGCGAAAUCAGCGGUGCUGUCGACGUGGAUCUGAACUUAGUAGCAUCAAUUCGAUCGAUGAAUGAAUCUCUGCCGUGGACGAAUUGAGCCCUAAUAUUGGAAUUCCCUUGUUUCGAGGCGUCACAGGGGCGGAAAUUAGGGUUUCCGUUUUUGGGGAAGGCUUGGAGAUGGUAAUACAAGCUCUGGAUUGGAUCUAGGGCUUCCUGCUGCUCUAAUUAUUGGACGAUUCUAGGGUUUCUUGGAUCGGGCGGUGGAAUUACGGCGGUAUUGAUGUUUCUCGUUCGGGACGAAGGUGGGAUCGAAACAAAAAUCGGCGAAGAUGCAAGGCUAUGCAUGGGCGGGAAGGUGAAGAGAGGAAAAGGAGGCGGCACAUGUGGCCGGUCCCCGCGCUUGGUACGACGACUGUAGCUUCUGAUUCUAUAACUACAUCAACCGCUGAUUCCUUCUGCAAGGAUGGACGCAAGAUUAGUGUUGGUGACUGUGCACUUUUCAAGCCCCCGCAAGAAUCACCACCUUUCAUUGGUAUAAUUCGUUGGUUGACAUCAGGCAAAGAGAAUAAUCUUAAGUUAGGUGUAAAUUGGCUUUACCGACCUGCUGAAGUAAAGCUUGGCAAAGGCAUUCUGCUGGAAGCUGCACCAAACGAAGUGUUCUAUUCUUUUCACAAGGAUGAGAUACCUGCUGCAUCGUUACUCCAUCCGUGUAAAGUUGCAUUCCUUCGUAAAGGUGUUGAACUUCCUUCAGGGAUAUCCUCAUUUGUUUGCAGGCGAGUUUAUGACAUUGCGAACAAGUGCUUAUGGUGGCUAACUGAUCAAGAUUAUAUCAAUGAGCGACAGGAAGAAGUAGAUCAGCUACUAGACAAAACACGACUAGAAAUGCAUGCAGCAGUGCAGUCAGGAGGGCGUUCUCCAAAACCAUUGAAUGGUCCGACAUCAACACCGACAAUAAAGCCUGGUUCAGAUAGUGUACAGAAUAGUGCCACCUCAUUGCCAUCUCAAGGAAAGGGAAAGAAGAGGGAAAGGGGUGAUCUGGGCUCCGAGCCCAUCAAACGAGAACGUUCUUCAAAAACAGAUGAUGGGGAUUCAGGUCAUUGUAGACCUGAGAACAUGUUAAAAUCGGAGAUUGCCAAAAUAACCGACAAAGGAGGUCUUGUUGACUUCGAAGGGGUUGAGAAAUUUGUUCAGCUUAUGCAGCCUGAUAGAGCUGAGAAAAAGAUAGAUUUGGCUGCUCGAAUAAUGCUUGCAGAUGUGAUAGCAGCCACUGAUAAGUUUGAUUGCCUCAACCGCUUUGUGCAGCUCAAGGGUCUGCCUGUAUUGGAUGAAUGGCUCCAAGAGGUGCAUAAAGGGAAGAUCGGAGAUGGUAGCAGCCCCAAGGAAGGUGAAAAAUCAGUUGAAGAGUUGCUUUUGGCUUUGCUUCGUGCGCUUGAUAGGUUACCCGUGAAUCUUCAUGCUCUGCAGACCUGUAAUGUUGGCAAGUCUGUGAAUCAUUUGCGUAGUCAUAAAAACUUGGAAAUCCAGAAGAAAUCUAGGAGUUUAGUUGACACGUGGAAGAAACGUGUUGAGGUAGAAAUGAAAUUCAUUGAUGCGAAAUCUGGGUCAAGCCAGGCUGUUUCAUGGCAUAGCAAGCCAGGUUUUUCAGAAGUUUCUCAUGGAGGAAGCAGACGCACAGGAGGGUCUUCUGAUGUUGCUGUGAAGAGCUCCCUUACACAGCCUUCUGCUUCUAAAUCAGCACAAGUUAAGCUUGGCCAUGGAGAUGCUGUUUCCAAGUCAACAUCGGCAUCACCUGGAUCUGUGAAAUUGUCAACAUCAUUACCUGCUCCGGUGGCUUCUGGUUCAAAGGAUUUUCAUUGCAAAAUGGCAGUUAGUGGUGGUGCCUCAGAUCCACCUCUGUCAACGAUAAAGGAGGAAAAGAGUAGCAGUUCAAGUCAAUCUCAGAACAAUAGCCAGUCUUGUUCAAGUGAUCAUGCUAAAACUGUUGGUUCCUCUUGUAGGGAGGAUGCAAGGAGCUCCACUGCUGGGUCUAUAAGUGUGAAUAAAACCUCUGGUGCUGCUUCCCGACAUCGGAAAUCAAGUAAUGGUUUUCUAGGAUCAGCUGUCUCUGGAGUUCAAAAGGAAACGGCAGUGGGAAAAUGCAGCUCCAUUAACAGGAAUGCCUCAUCUGAAAAGAUAUCACAUUCUGGACUAACAUGUGAAAGAGCAACUGAUACGCCUAAUGCUGAUCAUGUAAGUGGCCACAGGCUGAUUGUCAGGCUUCCAAACCCUGGCCGUAGCCCUGCAAGAAGUGCCAGUGGAGGUACUUUUGAUGAUACUUCCAUCAUGGUUAGUAGAGCUUCUUCUCCCGGGCACUCUGAGAAGCAUGACCACUCUGAUCGUAAAGUGAAGGGGAAGACUGAUGCUUGUCGGGCUAAUACCGUGGCAGAUGUGAAUACAGAAUCAUGGCAGAGUAAUGAUGUAAAAGACGGAGUCAUUGCAUCUGAUGAGGGAGAUGGGUCACCUGCUCCGGUUCCUGAUGAAGAUCGUAGCAGGAAUUCUGAUCAGAUUGCUAAAACAACAGAUGCAUCUAAAGCUACCUGCUCAUUAUCAGGAAAUGAUCCCAAAUCUGGGAAAUUGAACGAGGCUUCUUUCAGCUCCAUAAAUGCUUUGAUUGAAAGCUGUGUCAAAUACUCUGAGGCUAGUGCAUCUAUGGUUGGGGACGAUGUUGGAAUGAAUUUGCUUGCCAGUGUGGCCACUGGAGAGAUGUCAAAAUCUGAUCUGGUUUCACCUGUUAGUUCUCCUCGGAGAAGCUCACCUGUACAAGAGGAUUCGUAUACUAGUAAUGAUGCCAUACUGAGAUUAUCUCAUGAAGAUGCUGGACCUCGAAGCCAAGGUCAGCCUGAUGAGGCUGCAGAUGGUGAAACUGAGAAGCAAGGAACCAGUAAAAUCACAUGUUCUGGAGAUAAGGCAAUAGGGGAACGAACUGAGCUGCUUCAAGUGUCCAGUAAAGGGUUGCAGCAAAGUGGAGACUGCUUGAAAUCCGAUGGAGGACCUGAUGACAAUAUAGUUGCUGCUUCCGUUGCCAUGCACACUCUAGAAUCAAGAGAAGAUGGCGCAGAGGGUGGAGUCAACCAACUACGAGAGAGGAAUAAGUCGGCUGUUCCUGGGGCUAAUGAUGCUCUCCCAGAUACAAAACCAAUGGUUAGGAGUCCCCUGUUGGAUGAAAAGAAGAUGGUUGAUCAUGCGGAAGAAAAGAUUGCUAGUAGUAGUAUAAUAGCGGCAUCUAAUUUUGUUCGUGGUUCUGUAAUUGAUGCAUGCAACAUUGACAAUACAGUUUCUGUUACAAAAGUUGAGAAGGAAUCCAUUGAUGAGUCACCAUCUUGUCCAGUGGUGGAUUUUGAUGGUGAGAACCAGAAUCAUGUGCAUGAAGGGUUUAAUGCGGGCAUUGCAGCCGAGCAGAAGCCACUUGCUGGUUCAGACUCUGGGUUUGUAGAGGUCAGUGGCAAGGAUGUGGGGCUGCCCUCUGGUUCUGGUAAUGGUAUGGCUCCCGACAAUGAGAUUCAGGGUGAGAAGCCUGAUGACAUGGACUUGGGGAAUUAUGUUGAGCAGAGUGAGAGCCAAAGAAAGGAGCAAGCAAGUAAUGUUCCUUUUGACGAUCGAGGUGGAGCUGGAGUAGGUUCAGUUGUUACAAAUCAUAGAAAUGAAGGUAAUGAGGAGGCAUCUGAAAAGAGAGAGAAUCUUGAGAAACUUUCUGCUGGAUCAGCUCCCAAUGAAGAGUUGUCCCCAUUACCUGUUGAUGGAGAAAAUGAGCAAGGCUUGAAGGCAGCUGUAUCAAAGUUGACUAGCCCUGAAGCAGAUGCUGUGGAAGCAUGUAUGUCCACGGCAGAAGCAGCUUCAUCUGUCCCAGCUGGAUCAGAUGUGGCUGCUAAGUUGGAUUUUGAUUUGAAUGAAGGAUUUCCUGUGGAUGAAGGGAGCCAAAGUGAGCCAGUUACUUCUGCCAUUCAUCUCCCUAGCCAUCUGCCUUUCUCUGUUCCCUCCAUAGCAAGCGGUGUUCCUGCUCAAGUUACCGUUGCUGCUCCUAAUAAAGGGCCAUUUGUCCCUCCUGAAAACCUAUUGAAGAGUAAAGGUGAGCUUGGGUGGAAAGGUUCAGCUGCUACUAGUGCAUUUCGACCAGCUGAACCUAGGAAGGUUCUGGAGAUGCAUCUCAGUACAACUGACAUCCUCCAUGAUAUGAAUGCCAGCAAACAAGCUCGGCCUCCACUGGAUAUUGACUUGAAUGUUCCGGAUGAGAGACUUGUUGAGGACAUGGCUUCUCAAAGUUCUGCUCAAGAGAGGGUGUCUGGGUCUGGGCCUGCUAAUAAUCGAGAUUUGGGACAUUGUCAGAUGUUUGGGACUUCAUCCGGACCUGGCCGGAGUGCUGGAGGACUUGACCUUGACUUGAACAGGGUUGAUGAAGGUACUGAGAAUGGGCAAUUCUCGGCGAGUACCAGUCGUAAGGUAGAAGUCCCUGUUAUGCCAGUUAGGCCAUCAUCAUCUAGUGGACUACCUAAUGGUGGGGUCAAUGUGUUGAGAGACUUUGAUUUGAAUAAUGGGCCAGGACUUGAUGAGGUGGGUGCAGAACCAGUAACUCGUCUCCAGCAUUCCAAGAGUAAUGUGCCAUUUCUACCACCUGUUGCUGGACUCAGGAUGAACAAUGCAGAGCUGGGAAAUCUUUCAUGGUUUCCUCCGGGCAACUCUUAUCCUGCUGUAGCCAUUCCAUCGAUCUUGCCUGAUAGAGGGGAGCAGCCUUACCCAAUUGUUGCUACUGGUGGGGCACAACGGAUCUUAGGACCACCUACUGCUGGCACCACUUUUGGGCCUGAUGUGUACAGAGGAUCAGUGUUAUCUUCAUCGCCUGCGGUAGCUUUUUCUCUGGCUGCCCCAUUCCCGUAUCCAGGAUUCCCUUUCGGCACUAGUUUCCCUUUACCUUCGACGACUUUUUCUGGUGGCUCAACAACAUAUGUAGAUUCUUCACCUGGUGGUGGAAUUUGCUUCCCUGCUGUACCUUCACAGCUAGUGGGACCUACAGGUGCAGUCUCUUCUCAUUAUCCGAGGCCCUAUGUGAUAAGCCUUCCUGAUAGUGUUUCCAACACGGGGGCUGAAAGCAGUCGGAAGUGGGGAAGGCAGGGUCUAGAUUUGAAUGCAGGUCCAGGAGCUACAGAUAUGGAAGGGAGAGAUGACAGGAUACCAUCAGCAUCACGGCAACUUUCAGUUGCCAGCUCCCAGGCCCUAGCUGAAGAUCAAGUUAGAAUGUACCAGGCAGCUGGUGGAAUGCUGAAGAGGAAGGAGCCUGAAGGAGGAUGGAAUCCGGAGAGUUUCAGCUACAAACAACCCUCAUGGCAGUAGGAGAGCUCUGAGAAAAAUCCUCCAAUUUAUGAAUGCUGAAUAUGCAGUAUUUGAAUUCCUGCCUUGAAUUAAUGGGUUUACUGCUUGCUUGUGUGCUGGUCUGGAGCCUUAUGAUGAUUGACUGAAACAGGUAAUAGAUGGCUCUUGCUGAUCAUUUUUGUAAUUAAGGUUUUAAGUUUUGUAAUAUUUCUGUCGGAGUAGCAGAAAGUGUCGUUCGGCUAAUUGACCAAACUAUCAGGUUCAAAUUGAAGAUAGAUUUGGUGCAUACAGAUGGAACGGGAGGGUGAGUCUGGUUAUGGUGAGCGAGGAAUCUACACAAAGGUUGAACAAACCAGCACUGAUUUAGUGCAUUGUUUUGCACACAACCAAAGUUUCCUAAGUGGGGUUUUUUAGUGGAACUCCUCCCCUUGAUGAUAUAAUUGUUACACCGUCCAAGUCUCCAAAGCGUAAGAGUCGGAUCGGGGGGAGCGCAAGAGCACCGGAAACGCAACGGCCAUCGAGUGAUGUAAUGGUUGUCAUCCAUCAAGAUUGUUGUGACGGCGUUAACUGAGGAAGAGGAUUAGAAGUCUGAUGAAAUGGUGUUUGCAUGCAGGGAUAUUCUGUACGUUUUUUUUAUUGGGAUGGAGGAUGCGUCUGGCAGAUUUUUGAGAUACGUACAGUCGGCUCCUUUGCGCGGGAUUCAAAGAGUAUAACAUGGAGUCAGUUUUUCAUGAAGGCGCCUUGGUCCUUGGGUCGUCUAUUUAAUUUAUGGCUUAUGCUGUGCAGCAUCUAGGCGCGCAUGUAGAGAAACCCGAGGAGCCGAGAAGGGGAGGUUGCAGAUAAAAUGGGGACCCUUCACUUUCUCUCAUCAAGAUGUAGUAGUUUUCUGGAAUCUUGUGGGAGCCUGGGCUCUAACUCCGAUGAUACAAAUCGCAACUCCCAAAUAAAAAAAAAAAGAAGUAUUGGGUGGGGUGGGUGGGGUUUUGGUCUUUCACGGUGAACGAGGUGUAUGUAUCUACUCAAUUUUGCUUAGCUCUGACACUUCUGCAUUCAUAUUCUCCUGUCUUCUAAUUGGGACAACACAUGUCAUGCUUCCGUCUGCUUGGUCACACCUUCAUGUGUCAUCACUCGUCAGUGGGAAAUAAAAUGGUGGAAAAAAAAUCCUCCUCAACACAACAACAGUCACAAGUCUAUAUUAGAAACUGAUUUUUUAAUGUCUCAAAUUAACGCGGUGCCCCACUUUCCAAGCUCUUCCUUUCUUUAUAGUUCAGGUUUUGUCUAUACUGUUUUUUGGGUGAAUAUUAUGAAGUGAGUGAAUAUUAUGAUGAUCUAACGGAUUUUGGCGCUUUAUUUUUUGAA